UUACCGCACUCAAGAAAGUUUUUUUGUCAUAACGCAAAAUCUGGGUUCUAUUAUUAUUGAAACUCGCUGCUCAAACAUUAUUCUCAGCUAUCAAUUUUACAGCUAGUUAAGAACAAUUGCACGCCAAUUUUGCCGCGCCAAAUUAUCUGGCCAAUUGAAUCUUAGAGCACUGCAACCUGUCAGUUGAUUAGUCCUGUAAACUAAAAGGCGGCUCUGAAUUAGGAAGUGCAGUUGCAAAAGAAUAUUGGCAAAGAUAGCCUCUACCGAUUCUGAAGUACAAUUAAUAUAAUACGGUCUUAAACACUCUACAACGCUACAAAACCUAGUUUUUUUCUGUCAUCAUGCUCUUUACGUUGUUCAUGAGUUUCACCCUGAUUGCAGUUGUGGGGUCGCUGCUUUAUUAUCGGACCCUGAUCAAACCGCCCCCUCGGAACGAAUUAAUUAUUUUGUUCAAGAACAACAAAGACCUACCGAGCAUGCUUAGUCGUCUUCCAAGUAUUUUGGCUAAUGCAAUAUUUAAGUCUCAGGGAAAGAAUUGUAACGGAUUUCAUGCUUUCCCACAAAUUUCCAUUUCUAUUGGACCAAGUCUAAUUGACCCAAAGCAUGUAUCUGCUUACAAGAGCGUUUGUUGCUUAAAAGAAAAAGAAAAUUGCGAAAAUGAAGUCGCUCCUAUUUGUUAUCCUGUCGUAAACAUCUUUCGUUUUCAACCUCUAGUAUUCUCCCUUCCCUGCUUCCCAUUCAGUCCUUUUGGGAUCGUGUACAUCCGCACCAGUAUAUGCCAAAAUCAUCCAAUUCUUGUAGGAAGCAAGAUUAAAUACACUACCAGCGUAAAAAAUGCGAGAGAGACCGAGCGAGGAUGGGAAAUCGACUUCAAUGUGUGCGCACUUACAGAGAACGGUGACACGGUCUGGAAAUGUGUUCAAACAAUGCUGAGUCGCAAACGACAACAAAAAGUUCAGCGAAAGUCUCAUCAUAAAGACCACAGUGAUGAAUGUUUGAAAACACAAAAUAGUGCAAUCUUCUCUGUCCCCGCCAACAUUGGACUAAAAUAUGCAGCCGUGACAGGUGAUUACAACCCGCACCACAUAUGUCGUCUAGGUGCAAUCAUGUUCGGUUUUCCGCGAAAAAUUGCUCAUGGGCAAUGGUCCCUUGAAAGUUGCUUAGGACAGCUUCAAAAAUCAACUGGAAUCGUCAUUCAACCACCUUAUAAGGUUGAGUGCGCAUUCAAACUGCCAGUUUUCCUACCUUCAGAUGUUAGAUUGAUCUGGUCAAAAAAAGAUAACACUACUGAUUUCUCCUUGUGGAGCGCAGACGGGAAAUUACCUCACCUUACUGCAUCUUUAGAAACUAGAAAUGUACCAUAUUUUUAGAAAAAUUAGCCUCGUGUAUGAAGAAACUGUAUCUUGGUCAGCCCUUUUCUUUUGAAUAAAAU